AUGGGUUCUGUUUCGGAUGUUGGCGGCUAUAUCUUCUUUGGCAUUAUUUUUGUAUGGGGAUUAGCCAUAUUGAUUUGGUCAUGUGUUGUUCCAAGAAAAGUUAUUGAAGACAAGUCAGAUGAUUCAGAUAUGGCAUCCAUGUUCCCUGAAAUUACUCCAGAAAAUGAAGAUGCUCAAGUUCCGGCCCAAAAAUAA